GGCAAAGUGAAAUAUAACUGAAAUAUUUGAAACCGGCCAUUGCAGCCUUGCAGGCAAGCCAGUAGCUUUGCGCAACUUCUUUUUCUUGUUGGGGCAAAUCACACGCAAUAAGCGUGCUUCGGUCUCUCAGCACUCUCAGUUCUCUAAAUCCACCAAAGGCUUAUUGUGAUUAAAGGCGAAACUUUUUUACGCCAUAAGAAAGCUUGCGCCUUUUAUCCUGAGGUGGACGAUAUAAGGCGUGCGAUACAAAUUGCAAGAAGGCUUACGCAAUAAUAGGUUUCCAGAUGACAUGAAAAGGAUGGGCCCAGAUGUAUUUCACUCUCAAGAAUUAAUUUAAUACUCGACCAACAUACUUCUCUUCUUCUGAUUAGCAUGUAGCAGUCCACCUCUCUCCCUCUCUGUGCUUAUGGAUCAACUGGUUAUUGACGAUGUAGAGGAAGUUCCAGAUACCCCCGACAGAACCAUGCAACUUUUUAAUCGACCUCCAAGACUAUAUAGUAAUUCUAAACAUUCUGGACAAUCUUCACAGAACAGGCACACUGGUGGAGUUAAAAAGGAGAUAAUCACUUUAGAAAGCCAUUCAGAACAGGAAAAGCUUUGUACUGAGCAGACUAAGAGCCAUCUGAUCACCAAUGUCAUUGGAACCACGAGGCUUUUAAGUCAUUGUCCUGCAAGAACCAGUAGUUCUGGACACUCUGGUCAUUUGGACUGCCAUGCAAAGUCUUCAGCUUUUGAAGUGCACGGAUCUCCUUCAAAAAUUAGUUUUUUGCAUGGAAGGAACAAUGAAAGUGCCCCCAACCACUAUGGGAGGCACUAUAUCUCAGACCAACUUAGAAAGAAAGAGGACCAAGUGUUGAAUCCUGAAGCAUCUUCCUGCACUAGUGGGUUGGUUGCGAAUUCAACAAAAAGUACGCUUGUUGAGGGUUUUAACAAGGGAGCUGUAUCAAGCUGUGAGUCUUCUGACUUACGAGAUAUGGAAAAUCUUUCAGUGACCACAAAGAAUGGCCGCGAAGUAAAACCAAUUGGUGAUAAAAAUAAAGUCACUGUGUCUAUCAAUCAUGGAGAGAGGACAAAGCUCGCUGAUCAUGUGCGUUACAAUGGCAUGAAGGCUGGCCAUGCUUCUGUUACUACCUCCUUGCCUAGGGUCACUGGGAAAAGAAGACUGGUUCGAAAUGGAUGUAUAUCUCCUCAUAAUAUAGCGAAGGCCAAAAAACCAAUUGGGACGGAUCAGAAUUGUCCUUUAACUAUUGAACGAGAUUGUACCAGAUUUCCUGCAACAUCUAGCAGCUCAAAGAAUGUAUUUAAUGUUAUAGAUUUGGUUUCUGAAGAACACACCUCAUGCUCAUCCAAAGGCAAAGGGGUAACCGUAUAUCCUUCUAUUUCCUCAGAACCAAAGGCUAAAAGCGCAAAUACAUCUCACAGCAAUAUGGUGGUUAUUGAUGAUGAAAUUGAUACAAAUGCUAGUGCCAGUCAAGAUACUCUUAGAAUCUUUGAGGAACCAGGUGGAUGGAGAACUACACGAAGUCGAAGUCAAAACAGAUUCUUACAAAGAGAGAAAGAAAGCAAUGAGAAUGUUCGUAAUAAUCCUAUGUGCAAGGAAUUACCCUCCAGUAGGCAUGCCUUUGCACAUUCUUCUAGUCAGACCGUACAAUCUAUUGGGCAACAAUCUUGUAGUCAGAUCGUACAAUCUAUUGGGCAACAAUCAGGCUGUGUUGAUGAUCAUCAUUCUGUGGUAAAUUCUCUUGGUAAAAGACAAAAACAAGGAUCUACUUCAAGCAAUUAUGGGGAAUGUUCUACAUCCACAUUUAGUGAUGGCAUCACAUGUACAGGAUCAUCUAGAAAUGUUAGUAAUUUGAGACCAGGAUGGUACCAAAACCUUCCAAGAAAAGAUUUCUUAGCUCCGGUUCUCGAGAUCCGUCAUAGCUCCCCUCAAAUAAGAAGUGACAGUUCUCAAGCUUCAGCUUGCAAAAGGGAUGAAGAUGCUCGAGUCAGACAGUUAGAAGCAGAUGAAAUGCUUGCACGGGAGUUACAAGAGCAAUUAUAUAAUGAGACACCUAUUUUUGGAGUUACUGAGAUUGAUGAACAUUUAGCAAUGGAUUUACAGCAAGAUGGUGCACAUCAUUCUUUCUCCGGUGAAACAAAUACAAUCAUUACUAGAGGUAGAUCAGCUACAAUCUCACAAAGGCGAUCCCAAGUGCAGUCUUCAGCUAGUAUUUCUCGCAGAGCAUCUUUAGCUCGAGCAUCUACUUCUAACAGAUCAGUGAGAUCGGGGACUCGUGUUCCUCGACAGUCUCGUUCUCUAGCAUCAGCAAGACACACGAGUUCAAUUUUUGCUCCUAGUGUCAACAUAGAAACGAGAAUUGAAAUGUUGGAAGCACUUGAGGCGUUUAGCAAUAUGGAAGUAGCUGGUAGGCUUCUUCAUGCCCGACAAGACUUCAAUGAGAACGACUAUGAAAUGUUAUUGGCACUUGAUGAAGAUAAUCACCAUCAUGCGGGUGCAUCAAUUAAUCAGAUUAAUGGUUUGCCACUGUCAGUUGUUCAGGUUGAGAAUCUGGAAGAAGCUUGUGCUGUUUGCCUUGAAACUCUGAUAAUUGGAGACACAAUCCGCCUUCUCCCUUGCGUGCACAAAUUUCACAAAGAUUGCAUCGACCCAUGGCUGCUAAGAAGAACAUUGUGUCCAAUCUGCAAGAUAUCCAUUACUUGAUUUUUCAGGGUGGGCAGCACGAUCUCAUUCUUUGUAUACUUACAUCGAUUACAUGGGCUUUCACGAGUUAACUAAUCUGGCGAAGAGGCCUGCAGGCCAGUUGAAUGACUGUGCUGCAGCUGCUGCUGCUCUUUUGGUUAAUUUCCUACCCUGCGCAUAUAUGUGUUUUUUGCUACUCUUUAGAAACACAGUUUGUUACUUUGUUUUGGAGAAUAACAAUUGAAUGAUAUAGAAUCAAUUAUUCAAAUAAUUGAAUUCAUAACCUAUUGAAUUUGCCA